AUGGCGCGGGGCGCGGGGCGCGGGCGCGGGGCCGCGGGCUGCGGGCUGCGCUGCGCGCUGGUGGCCCUGGCCGUGCUCUCGGCCCUCAACGCAGCGGGGACCGUGUUCGCGCUGUGCCAGUGGCGCGGGCUACGCGCAGCCCUGCGGGCCCUGGAGGCCGACCGCGGCGAGGACGCGGCCCUACGCGCCUUCCUGACGGAGCUGCGUCUGGCGCGAGGCCGGAACCCCGACCCCGGCCCGGCCCCGGACCCCGAUCCAGACCCCGGCCCCGGCCCCGACCCCGCGAGCGCCGCGCGCGCCAAGCGCAGCCACGGGGAGCCCGCGCCGGCCCUGCGCGCCCAGAGCCAGGACACGCUGAUGCUGAUGACCUACUCCAUGGUGCCGAUCCGUGUGAUGGUGGACCUGUGCAACAGCACCAAGGGCAUCUGCCUCACAGGACCGCCUGGCCCCUCAGGACCUCCAGGACUCGGUGGGCUACCAGGACACAAUGGAUCCAACGGACAACCCGGCCCACAGGGCCCAAAAGGCGAAAAAGGAGUGAAUGGAAAAAGAGGAAAAAUGGGGUUGCCUGGAGCCAUAGGAAAUCCAGGAGAAAAGGGAGAAAAGGGAGACCCCGGGGAGCUGGGCCUGCCUGGAAAUGAGGGCCCACCAGGGCCGAAGUGGGAGAAGGGAGACAAAGGAGAUGUGUCCAGUGACGUGCCGCCGGCAGGUGCCAAAGGCGACCAAGGCCCCCCUGGCCCGCCUGGGCCCCCAGGUCCUCCCGGCCCGCCUGGGCCGCCUGGAGCCAGAAGAGUCAAGGGCCCUCAGCAGCCAAACACGCUCAACGGCCAGUGCUCAGGGGAGACAUGUGCCGCACCCAACGAUGAUACCUUGGUGGGAAAAGCUGAUGAGAAAGUCCGUGAACAGCACUCCCCACGAGCAGAAUCCAUGAUUGCUUCCAUUGGAAACCCCACGCAAGUACUGAAAGUGACAGAUACCUUCGGGACGUGGAUAAGAGAGUCUGCUAACAGCAGUGAUGAGCGGAUCUGGGUGACUGAACACUUUUCAGGCAUCCUGGUGAAGGAGUUCCAGGACCAGGCCUCACUCCUGAACGGCAGCUACUCAUCCAUCCUGCUCCCGCACUACUUCCACGGCUGCGGGCACGCGGUCUACAACGGUGCCCUCUACUACCACAAGGGCGGCUCCAAUGCCAUUGUGAGAUUUGAGUUUGACAAAGAAACGUCCCGCACUCUGAAGCUCGAGAACGCCUUGUAUUUUGAUCGGAAAUACCUUUUUGCAAAUUCCAAGACUUACUUCAGCCUAGCUGUGGAUGAAAAAGGCCUUUGGAUCAUCUACGCCUCCAGUGCGGACGGCUCGAGCAUGGUGGUCGCACAGCUGGAGGAGAGGACAUUCUCUGUCUCGCGGCUCAUCAACACCACGUACCCCAAGUCCAAGGCCGGCAACGCCUUCGUAGCUCGGGGCGUCCUCUACGUCACAGACACCAAGGAUAUGAGGAUAACGUUCGCCUUCGAUUUGUUAGGCGGGAAGCAGAUCAACGCAAACUUUAAUUUAAGGACUUCCCAGUCUGUCCUUGCCAUGCUGUCGUACAACAUGCGAGACCAGCAUCUGUAUUCGUGGGAAGACGGUCACUUAAUGCUCUACCCUGUGCAGUUCUUGUCAGCUACGCUAAACCUGUGACGUGCUGCUUUCUGUCCCCUGCAGCACCUGGCAGAUGUCCUCCUGGGCCAUCGCUGCCACCACAGACAAUUUGUCCUGCAGGGUAGCUGGGUAACAGAACAAGGUCUUGUGACGUGAGCA